CACCGGCGGCGGCGCCGGGCUCAGCCGGGGAGCGCCGAGAAGUGCCGAGUUCAGCCGAGCGCAGCCGAGUGGCGGCGAAUGCAGCGAGCGGCAGCGCGGGUGCUGCGCGGGGCGCGGACCCCGCAAACGCUGACCCCCCUGGCUCGGACCCCGCAAAUGCUGACCCCCCUGGCGCGGACCCCGCAAACGCUGACCCCCCUGCUUCGGACCCCGCAAAUGCUGACCCCCCUGGCGCGGACCCCGCAAACGCUGAGCCCCCUGCUUCGGACCCCCCCGGUUCGCAGCCCCCCGGUGCGGGCGCGAUCGGCCACGGCGGGGACCCCUCCGCUCGGGCUGCUCUAUGAGCGGCACGGGGAGCCCGCAGCCGUCGUGCAACUGAAGGAUCUGGAAGUGCCUAAGCUGGGGGACUGCGAUGUCCAUGUCAAGAUGUUGGCAGCCCCCAUCAAUCCUGCCGACAUCAACAUGAUCCAAGGGACCUACGCCCUCCUGUCGCCGCUGCCAGCCGUGGGGGGGAACGAAGGUGUCGGGGAGGUGCUGGAGGCUGGGCGCCGUGUGACGGCUCUGAAACCUGGGGACUGGGUCAUCCCCGCGGACACCGGACUCGGGACGUGGCGGACACGGGGAGUGUUCCCUGAGGAGAUGCUGCUGAAGGUGCCCAAUGACAUCCCUGUGCUCUGUGCUGCCACUCUGAGCGUCAACCCCUGCACGGCGUUCCGUCUGCUGGCCGACUUCGAAAGCCUGGCACCUGGUGACUCCGUCAUCCAGAACGCCGCCAACAGCGGUGUGGGCCAGGCCGUCAUCCAGAUCGCCAGGGCCUCCGGCAUCAAGAGCAUCAAUGUGGUGAGGGACAGACCUGAUCUCCCAAAACUGGUGGAGAGGCUGAUGGCCCUGGGUGCUGACCAUGUUGUCACAGAGGAGAUGCUGAGAAAGCCAGAGAUGAAAGAUAUAUUUAAGAGCAUCCCGAAGCCCCGGCUCGCCCUGAACUGCGUCGGAGGCAAAAGCACCACAGAGAUGCUGCGGCAUCUGCAGCCCAAGGGGACCAUGGUCACCUAUGGGGGGAUGGCAAAGCAGCCUGUGAUGGUGCCUGUGAGUGCCUUCAUCUUCCGGGACGUGCGGCUCCGUGGGUUCUGGAUGACGCAGUGGCGGAAGGACCACGCACAGGACCAGGAGAGCGUGGCUGCGAUGAUGGACGCCCUGUGCCAGCUCAUCCGCAGGGGACAGCUCACGGCGCCAGCCUGCACCGAGGUCCCGCUUCAGGACUACAGGGCAGCGCUGGAGGCCUCCAUGAAGCCCUUCGUGUCCUCCAAGCAGAUCCUCCUCCUCUGACCUGCAGCUCCUGGAGCCCUGUCCUGUUCCACAUGCUUGUCCACAGACUUGAGUGGGGAAAAGACCCUCCAGAUCCACUGAAUUUCUUUUUUUCCUUUGUUUGUCACAUUGUGGGUGCCCACAGAAAGCUUUAAAAGCCUCCGCAGCUUUGUGUGGAAGUGCUGCAGGAGGGAGGCUGCAUCUCACUAUGGCUGGGGGGAGUUUGGGAUCCCAAAUGAUGGCUUGCUCAGCUCAGGGUGUGAAAAGAGCAGCCGUUCCCCCUCAGAUAUGCUUUUUGGGGCUGGCAGGGCUGUAGUUAUCCCAGCUGGAAUGUGGGAUGGGCAGGGAAUCCUAAUCAUCUCCCUGCAGCCCUGCUGCCUCCAGGCCAGCUCCAAGUAGGAGGAGGAAGGGGCAUGGACUGCCCCAAGUGAUGAGGGGUGCUGUGGUUGGAGUGGCCCUAGGUGCUGCUGCAGCUCCUGGAGGAGCCCUGGGUCACCCCGGGCUGGGUUUGGCCAAGGGCACCGCAGGGCUGGAGCCAGACCCUCAGUGUCCCUGAAGGCCCUCCUGGCCGCGUGUGGAACAGUGACUGUGACACUGCAGAGCAAUGUGAAAAGAUUUAUUAUUGACAACAACCACCAAUGUGUUCUUGCUUCCUCCUGUGCUGCUCUUCUACUCUAUGACCCCACAAGCUCCCCGUGGUCCCUGCUCUGGCCAGUGCAGCUCUGCCGAGGCCGGCAGCGUUGGCUGUGCAGGGGCAGGGGGGCAGCGGCCAGGGCCGCAGCGUGGCCAUCCCGAGCCAGGAGGGGAGCGCGGGGGCGGCUCAGCCCUGGGCCCCUGCGCAGCCCCCGGGCUUGGCUGCCCGGAGCGGAGUGUGGGCAGUGCGGGUGUGCGGGGCCCGUGUGGGGCCGAGCGGCCGCGGCUGGAGCGGGAGCGGCCUGCGGGCUGCGGCGGGGCCGUGCCUGUGCCUGCGGGCCGUUCGCGUGAGGGGGCUGUGCCUCGGGCACCGUGCAGCUGCUGCUCGGAGAUGUCUGGGCGUCCUCACCCUCCUCCUCCUCCUCCUCUGCUCCUGCCGCCGGUUGAGCAUCCCACCUUUUCCUUGGGUGCUUUGCCAGGAUCUCAGUGCCCGGGGGUUUGUGUUUCCCCAGCACCCUGCAGCCCCCUCCGGACACAGGGCAGGUCAUCCCUCGUGAGAAAGGGGUUGGAGUAGAACAGCAGCUGCAAAAGGCAAAGGGAAGGAGUUGUUUGCUGCAAGGAGGAGGGAGAAAAUCAAGGGAGAGCCAGGAGCUGGCACAAGCAAGGACAAAAUGGUGUUUAAAGGACUCUGGCAUUUCACACCUCAGGCUUUGGCUGAGUUAAGUGUUAGGACAGAGCUUUGUUAAGUCACAUCCACCCUCAUGUUUUGAGCAUUUGGGAGCAGAGAAGUGUAGGGUUUUCAAAAGCCAGAGAACUGCUGAGGAAAACCAAAGCCCUCUAGUUUCUAGGCCCCUCAGCAUGUCCAGAGUAACUGACUCCAAGACAAAAAAAAGCUAUUUGCUCCCAUCCAGUCUCCAGCCUUGUCAAGGCUUAUUUUAGCUGAACUUGAACCUCCCUGUCAGUGUCCCACGGAACCUCUGAGUUGGGAGGAGCUGGAGUACUUUUCCCAGUGCAGACCCAGCUGCUGCUACUGCUCUGAGCUCCUCCAUGGAGGUCAGCAGGGGAGAAUCCCCCUCCAUUCUGCAGAACCCAUGGAACAUGAGCUGGAGAAGGAAGCUUCUCAUGGACUCAGUUUCAAAGAUCUUCUGGGGCCCUCUCCUGCCCAGCACUUCCUUCCUGAAGAGCUUUUCUCCAUUCACAAGGCAGUUCCCAUUGUUGCCCCACCAGAUUGACUCGAAACUAUGGCUGCUCAGAAUCACCCAUAGCUUCUUGAGGAAAGAGUCAGCAAAAGAUUUGGUGCUAGCAGAGCUCUCUAAGAAGAAAAAUUUCAUGUUGUGGUCCAGAAUUCAUUACGCCAACCUUCAAGGGCGUUUUUGUCUGCAGGGGGUCCCACAGCAGCAUCCCAAGAUGGUUCCAUAUCAUCUCUGGGAUGGUCAGGAGAUGCUGAAGGCACACACCAAGCAGGAUCCUCCAGGACAGAAGCACAGGAUGUCUCCUGUGACGACAGCUCCAUUUAGACUUAUUUUUUCACAGCUUGGCUGCCUCCAACCAGCUUCUUGGUCCUGACAGUCAGCAGUAUGGAAUCCUAUGGCUCCAGCUGCCUGGGAAGUUCUCCAGCCUGUGUUCUAUCACAGUAACAUCACAGCGUGACACCUGUCUCCUGGCAGCAGGAGGUGGGAGAUACAGAAAUAACCCCAAAACUCUGAUUUCCCAGAGAUCUGUUUGAGCCCAGAGCUGAUUCCAGCUGUAUUUCCAUGUGGAAUGUCCUGCCAGGGCAGUGCUGUGUCCCAGUGCCCCUGGGAGCAAUGCUCAGGGAGGGAUGGGGAAAGGGGACAGCAUUGGGCAUCCAAAUGCCCCAGACCUCCAAUUUUUCGCUUGGCACCUUCUCCCCCAUGCAGAAAUGCCUAUAUGGAAUUGCUCUGGAAUGACCCAGGUGUGUGGUGUCCACAGGGCUGCUUCUGCUCUGACUGCCCCUGGGUGAUGUUCUUGGAUCCCAGCAGGCUCUCCAUGCUGCUCCAUAGGAUGAACUAUAGGGGAAAUGUUCCUCAAAGACAUCUUGCAAUGGAAAUAACCACCCUUGGGUUGGGUUCCUCGAACUUUCUUUGCCUCAGCACCUUCAGAACGCAGCCCAGGGACCUCACUGGCGUUCUCCCACCUUGUGCCCAGUUCCCAACAUGCUCCAAGUGGGAGGACUGCGGAAUUGUGUGGAAUUGUGCAUGGAUAGAGGAGUUAUGAGGGACUGGUUGUGUCAGCUGAAGGCUCUUCCAGGAUUCAUCCUGGAGUCCUGGAUGAGUGGGGUUAUGGCAGGGGCUCUCUGCAUCUACCAAAGGCUUGGGGGGCCCAGGGAGGUCGCUCCUCACUGGGAGCUGGCAGUGUCAUUCCCGUGCACAGAGAGGGUGUGGGGGACAGCCCAGGAAGGUGUACCUUCAUCAGGGGGAUUUUCUGGGUCCCGUGGGGUGAGGAGAAGAGCAGGGCAGGAAUGUUGCUCAGGAUUGGAGGGAGCACUGGACAACUGCAUGUGUGCUUGGAAGAGCAGAACUCUCUGAAAUUAAACCCCACUGUCAUGCUGGCAACUAAAUGGACGUGUCAAAGCCAUUUCACCUCCCCUAAAACCCCUCACACUGAGACCUCCCUUAGCAGAGAGCAGGUGUGCCCCAGGAUAGACUCUGCACCAGCGUCUUCCUUCUGCUCCUCCAUCCCUAAUAAAUCCCCCAGUAUUUUGCAUUUUCCUUCCCCCUGCCAGCCCAUCCUGUGCCUCAGUGCUUCCUCAUCGAUGGAUAAAGUGGGGGAAAAAAAGCAAAAAAAGAACCAAGAGAUCGUUAUGAGCACUAUUAAGCAUGGCAUAAACCAGAAAAAUUAAUGCAUAGCUUUUAUCCCUCAUUGUUUAUUGGGCUCAGUGAUAAAACCCAACAUGCUUUAGAGAACUCUCUCACAAAAUGUUCCGACCUCUCACUCCUGCACCAGGGCACAAAGGAAGAAACAAAUAAAUCGAAUUCUCCUUGUCAAAUGA